UUUUGGGGGUUUCUGGGUCACUUCCUGUUCAUCUUGGGGCAUUUACAGGUCACUUUCUGUUGAUUUUGAGACAUUUCUGGGUUACUUCCUCUUGAUUGUGGGGUUUCUGGGUCACUUUUUUUGGUCUUGGGGCAUUUCUGGGUCACUUCCUGUCGAUUUGGAGGCAGAAAAUGUACAUCCCAUCAUUGUAUUUAAAGGGGAAGUUCAGAAUUUUUGACGUAAGGCUUAAUCUUCAAGUUAGAGGGGGUUUAAAUAGUCGGUGGAGUUGAAUUCAACAAAUUCCGUGCAGUUUGUUCGUUAUUUGUUAGUUUCAGGGCUCCGGAGUGGCUAAGCUAGCACGAAUGGAUGGUGCCUGCUUACCAUACCAAUAAAAAAAACAACAUAUGCAUGCAUGAGAAUCAUCGAUGACCCAUGCUAUCAAUGGUGUUGACUAUGUUUUCAGGUUAAAGUUAUCAAAACUUACAAUUGCAUGUCAAUAAUUGUAGUAUGAGAAGGAACAUUUGCAAUCCAGCAGAAUUAGCUGAGGAGUGAAAACGCAUGUCCCCAUAGGUUCACAGUGCGCACAAGACAUCUAGCCUUAUAUAUGAUAUCUAUGAGGAAGAAUCUAUUCAAGUUUUUAAUACAUAUAAAAGAACGCAAAACGCAAUCAGGAGUAAGCAAACACUUGAUGUGAUCAGAUAGCCAAGACAAAUCUUUUUCUCUGAAUGGCUGCCUGCCAUUGAUGUCAAUAGACCUCUCGGGUUUUGAGACAUGAUCAUCCCGCACAUUUUGGUCAGAACACUGAGUCACCAUGGCAACGAGAGCGUUGCAACCGCAGACAGGAAGUGUUCUUAUCAGGACCGUACAGUGAUGUUAAACAGGAAAUGGGCCACAUACUUUCCACACAUGUGCAGCCGUCAGCUCUCUUCGGAUCGUUAGCUCGCUACCCAUCAUGCACGGCGCCUCCCCAGAUGUCAAGUCCUCCGCAUCUGGAACGUGUCAGACCUCGCCUUGAACUAGACCUAGUGACUACCAGAAGAAAAACAAGAAGAUGAGUUUCUGGAGCAGAAGAAAGAAGUGGUCAUGGGCGCCGCUUUUGUGUCUGGUCUGGCUGCUGUGUACUGUCCUCGGCGUGUCAUCGUACCCCAAUGUCACUGAGGAAUGUUCUGGCAUGUCUAUGCGUCUCCGGGCCUUCCGGCUGCAGGUCCGCUGCAACGUGAGCGUUCUGAGCGAGAAGCAAGCGGAGGAGAUCCAAGCCCCGGCUAGCGUGUUGUACCUACCGACGCUGUAUCUCCUGGCCCUGGCGACGGGUCUCCCGGCCAACCUUCUGGCCCUUUGGGUCUUGGUCUUCAAAAGCAAGCGUCUGCCAUCCACCGUCUUGCUCAUCAACCUGACAGCGCUGGACUCCUUGCUACUGCUGGUGCUGCCCUUCCGCAUCGUGUACCACUUCCGAGGGAACCACUGGGAGCUAGGCGAGGCCUUCUGCCGGACGGUCACCGCCGUCUUCUACGGCAACACGUACGGUUCGGUGCUCUGCCUGGCGCUUGUGGCCGCGGACCGCUACGUAGCUUUGGCGCACCCGUUUGGGGCCAAGACCUUGCGCGGCCGGAGGACUUCUCUGCGGAUGACGGCGCUGGUGUGGGUGGCGACUCUGGCGGCCAUGUUGCCGCUGCUGUCAUCGCAGCAGACGUAUACUCUGGAGCGUCCCCGGAUCACAACGUGCCACGAUGCUCUGCCCCAGCGGGAGCAGGACCGCUUCUUCCUGCCUUACUUCGCCACCCUGUUCACAUUGGGCUUCCUCCUGCCCUCGGUGGUUUUCGUCUUCUGCCACUGCGGCGUCCUACGAGCCCUGCUGCCUGAGGGCGAGCGUUACGCUCGCGCCGUCCGGGUCACGCUGCUGGUGCUGCUGGUAUUUGUGGUCUGCGCACUGCCCAGUAACAUCCUCCUGCUCCUCACCUAUGCCGGCGACGGGGACGGCUUGGGCCAGGACGUCUACGUGCCGUACACGCUAAGCUUGGCCGUCAGCUCCUUCAGCAGCAGCGUCGACCCCUUUAUCUACUACUACGUGUCGGCCGACUUCAGGGACAAGGCCAAGGCCGUGCUGUGCUGCCGCGGCGAUGCUCCCGCGCCGGCCCGUACACCCGGCAAAGCAUCCAGCUCUUCGUACUCUUCCGGGAACAGGACAAAAGUCACCUUGAUGUCUGUCUCCACGCGCAACUGACAUCACUUGUCAGCAGUUCCAAACAGGACAUUGAAGGAAAACGAUAUUUUUGCUAACAUGCUAAUUGGAGUCAGGCCUACUUCUUUUGAUAGAUAUUAAAACCAUAGUGUAACCAACAAUAAAAUACAUCUAAAAUAUGAGUGCAUGAGAAAGAAUGUUUGUGCUGGAUGCAGGAAAUGAACGACUAAGGUUUAAAAAACAGGACAUAGUUGACGAUCCGCGUCACACCCUCGCCAUAUGAUAAUGGAAGGACAGAUAGUUCAGUUCUAAGCCGACGUCGUGUGCCCAGCCUGCCCACUCAAGGCUGGCGCCAAUAGAAGAUGAUCAGCGUCGCCCUGGAAAAUCAUGGUGGAAAAUAAUUAUUUUGUCAAUACUAAAAGUUCUCAACACUUUGUUAUGUACCCUUUGUUGGCAAUAACGAAGGCCAAACGUUUUCUGUAACUCUUCACAAGCCUUUCACACACUGUUGCUAGUAUUUUGGACCCUUCCUCCAUGCAGAUCUCCUCUAGAGCAGUGAUGUCUUGGGGCUGUCGUUGGGCAACACGGACUUUCAGCUCCCUCCACAGAUUUGGAGACUGGCUAGGCCACUCCAGGACCUUGAAAUGCUUCUUACGAAGCCACUCCUUUGUUGCCCUAGCUGUGUGUUUGGGAUCAUUGUCAUGCUGAAAGACCCAGCCACGUCUCGUCUUCAAUGCCCUUGCUGAUGGAAGGAGAUUUUCACUUAAAAUCUCUCGAUGCAUGACCCCAUUCAUUCUUUCCUUUACACAGAUGAGUUGUCCUGGUCCCUUUGCAGAAAAACAGCCCCAAAGCAUGAUGUUUCCACUCCUACACUUCACAGUGGGUAUGGUGUUCUUCGGAUGCAAUUCAGUAUUCUUUCUCCUCCAAACACGAGAACCUGUGUUUCUACCAAAAAGUUCUAUUUUGGUUUCAUCUCACCAUAUUACAUUCUCCGAGUCCUCUUCUGAAUCACCCAAAUGCUCGCUAGCGAACCGCAGAUGGGCCUGGAUGUGUACUUUCAUCAGCAGGGGGACACGUCUGGCAGUGCAGGAUUUGAGUCCCUGGCGGUGCAUUGUGUUACUGAUAGUAGCCUUUGUUACUGUGGUCCCAGCUCUCUGUAGGUCAUUCACUAGGUCCCCCCGUGUGGUUCUGGGAUUUUUGCUCACCGUUCUUGUUAUCAUUUUGACGCCACGGGGUGAGAUCUUGCAUGGAGACCAGAUCGAGAGUGGUCUUGUAUGUCUUCCAUUUUCUAAUAAUUGCUCCCACAGUUGAUUUCUUUACACCAAGCGUUUUACCUAUUGCAGAUUCAGUCUUCCCAGCCUGGUGCAGGUCUACAAUUUUGUCUCUGGUGUCCUUCGACAGCUCUUUGGUCUUGGCCACAGUGGAGUUUGGAGUGUGACUGACUGAAAUUGUGGACAGGUGUCUUUUAUACCAAUAAUGAGUUAAAACAGGUGCCAUUAGUACAGGUAACGAGUAAAACCUCGUUAGAACUCGUUAGAGGAAGUUAGACCUCUUUGACAGCCAGAAAUCUUGCUUUUUUGUAGGUGACCAAAUACUUAUUUUCCACUCUAAUUUGGAAAUAAAUUCUUUAAAAAUCAAACAAUGUGAUUUUCUGUUUUUUUUUCACAUUCUGUCUCUCAUGGUUGAGGUUACCCAUGUCGAAUUACAGGCCUCUCUAAUCUUUUCAAGUAGGAAAACUUGCACAUUGGUGGUUGACUAAAUACUUAUUUGCCCCACUGUAGGUGGCAUUUUUUUGGGGGUGAAAUUUUGGCCUAGAACUGGGUUAGGUGCGACAAAUUAGCUACGUAGGCUAACUAUAUAGAGAAGUUACGCUCCAAAUAAUCUGAAAAAAAAAAAUAGAUACAUGUAGUCCCUGGGUUACGAAUGAGUUCUGUUCGUAUGCUGACGACUUACGCCGAAUUUCCACAUGCAGUGGUAUGAAAAAGUAUCUGAACCUUUUGGAAUUUCUCACAUUUCUGCAUCAAAUCACCAUCAAAUGUUAGCUGAUCUUUGUCAAAAUCACACAGAUGAGAAAACAGUGUCUGCUUUAACUAAAACCACCCAAACCUUUAUAAGUUUUCAUAUUUUUAUGAGGAUAGCAUGCAAACAAUGACAGCAGGGGGGAAAAAUAAGUAAGUGAACCCUGUGCCUGAGGAGACUUAAAGAGCAAUUGAAACCAAUUUUUACCAAACAAUUUAAGUCAGGUGUGUGCCAAGGCCAGCCUAGGCCAUUUGGGGACCCUAAGCAAAAUAAUGCCAAUAUUUUUGGCCAACCAUUUCGUCACAGUGUACUGUGAAACCCAUACAUGCAAUCCAACGCAUAUGUCCAUAUUUUGUAUAUAAAUCAUUUUGUUGCACUGCAUACUUCAAACGUCUCACCCCAAAUGACAUGUAAUGACAAGAAAAUGGAUGUUUGCAUGGAUAAACGGCAAUGAGCACCACAUUAUUAACGAUGCUCUAUUAACAACGUAUAAAAUGAGGUUUCCAGAUUUAGGGCCACCUAGUGGUCAGGGGCCCUAAGCAGUUGCAUAGUCUGUGUAUAGGUUGGGCCGACCUUGGUGUGUGCCCAAUUGCUGAUGAGUUGUUUAAAGCUGCCCUGCCCACUAUAAAACACACACCUGGUAAGAAUUGUCUUGACAAGAAGCAUUGUCUGAUGUGCAUCAUGGCUCAGUCAAAAGAGCUGUCUGAAGAUUGUUGAUUUGUAGAAAGCUGGGAAAGGAUACAAAACCAUCUCUUAAAGUCUGGAUGUUCAUCAAACGACAGUCAGAGAAGCUGUCUACAAAUGGAGUGUUUGGCACUGUUGUUUCUCUCCCAAGGAGUGGCCGUCCACCAAAGAUGACGCUGAAACUUCAGCGCAGAAUACUCAGAGAGGUAAAAAUGAACCCUAGAGUGUCUGCUAAAGAAUUACAGAAAUCACUGGCACAGUCCAAUAUCUAUAUGCACACAUCAACUAUAUGUAAAACUAUGGCCAAGAAUGAUCUUCACGGGAGGACUCUAUGGCGGAAGCCACUGCUGUCUAAAAAAAAACAUUGUUGCUCAAUUAAUGUUCGCAAAAAGGCACUUGGACGCUCUACAGAAGUUUUGGCAAAAAAAAUUGUGGACUGAUGAAACCAAAGUUGAAUUGUUUGGGAGUAACACACAUCAAGUGUGGAGGAAAAAUGGAAGAGCUCACCAACAUUAACACCUCAUCCCCACCGUGAAGCAUGGUGGAGGGAACUUCAUGAUUUGGGGCUGUUUUGCUGCCUCAGAGACUGAACAACUUGCAAUCAUUAAUGGAAGAAUGAAUUAAAAAAAAAUAUCAGGAUGUUUUGCAGGAAAACCUGAGGCAGUGUGUCAGACAGUUGAAGCUAUAAAGAGGAUGGAUAUUUCAACAAGACAAUGAUCCAAAACACAGAAGUAAAUCAACUUCAGAAGAACAAAUUGCACAAUCUGGAGUGGCCAAGUCAAAGUCCAGACUUGAACCCCAUUGAGAUGCUUUGGCAUGACCUAAAGACAGCGAUUCAUGCCGAAUCCCAGGAAUGUGACUGAACUACAGCAGUUUUGUAGAGAAGAAUGGGCCAAGAUUGGUCCUCAUUGAUGACCCAGACUGAUCUGCAGCUACAGGAAGCGUCUGGUUGACGUUAUGGUGCCAAAGGGGCGUACAAAAUAUUAAAUGUGAUGGUUCACUUACUUAUUUUUCCCCCUUUUGUCAUCGUUUGCAAGGUGGUUUUA